UGGCGGACGGAGGAGCAGCGAGUCAAGAUGAGAGUUCGGCGGCGGCGGUGGCGGCAGACUCAAGAAUGAACACUCCGUCAGAAACCAGUAAACCUGUAAAAAUGGAGAGUGGGGAUGGGGACACAGGCACACAGACAAAUGGCCUGGACUUUCAAAAACAGACUGUGCCUGCCGCAGGGGCAAUCUCUACAGCCCAGGCCUUCCUUGGACACCUCCAUCAGGUUCAGCUCACUGGAUCAAGUUUACAGGCUGCAGCCCAGUCCUUAAAUGUACAGUCUAAAUCUAAUGAAGAAUCUGGGGACAGUCAACAGCCAAGCCAGCCUUCCCAGCAGCCUUCAGUGCAGGCGGCCAUACCCCAGACCCAGCUCAUGCUGGCCGGAGGACAGAUCACUGGGCUCACAUUGACACCAGCCCAGCAGCAAUUAUUGCUACAACAGGCACAGGCACAGUUGCUGGCCGCUGCAGUGCAGCAUUCAGCCAGUCAGCAGCACAAUGCUGCAGGCGCCACCAUCUCCGCUUCUGCUGCAACGCCCAUGACACAGAUCCCUCUGUCUCAGCCCAUACAAAUUGCACAGGAUUUGCAGCACCUGCAGCAGCUCCAACAACAGAAUCUCAACCUGCAACAGUUUGUGUUGGUGCACCCAACAACCAGCUUGCAACCAGCACAGUUCAUCAUCUCACAAACGCCGCAGGGGCAGCAGGGCCUACUGCAAGCGCAGAAUCUCUUAACGCAACUACCUCAGCAAAGCCAAGCCAACCUCCUGCAGUCUCAGCCAAGCAUCACUUUCACCUCUCAGCAGCCAGCAACCCCAACACGCACAAUAGCAGCGACCCCUAUUCAGCCACUUCCACAGAGCCAGUCAACACCAAAGCGUAUCGAUACCCCCAGCUUGGAAGAGCCCAGUGAUCUUGAGGAGCUUGAGCAAUUUGCCAAGACUUUCAAACAAAGACGGAUCAAACUUGGAUUCACUCAGGGUGAUGUUGGGCUCGCGAUGGGUAAACUCUAUGGAAAUGACUUCAGUCAGACUACUAUCUCUCGCUUUGAAGCCUUGAACCUCAGCUUUAAGAACAUGUGCAAGUUAAAACCACUUCUGGAAAAGUGGCUCAAUGAUGCAGAGAACCUCUCAUCUGAUUCAGCUCUCUCCAGCCCAAGUGCCCUGAAUUCUCCAGGGCUGGGGAUUGAGGGCUUGAACCGCAGGAGGAAGAAACGCACCAGCAUAGAGACCAACAUACGUGUGGCCUUAGAGAAGAGUUUCCUGGAGAACCAAAAGCCUACCUCGGAAGAGAUCACCAUGAUAGCUGACCAGCUGAACAUGGAGAAGGAGGUGAUCCGCGUUUGGUUCUGUAACCGGCGCCAGAAAGAAAAAAGGAUCAACCCACCCAGUAGUGGUGGAACCAGCAGCUCGCCCAUCAAAGCAAUUUUUCCUUGUCCAACUUCACUGGUGGCGACCACACCAAGCCUUGUGACAAGCAGUGCCGCUACCACCCUGACUGUCAACCCUGUCCUUCCUCUAACCAGCGCUGCUGUAACCAGUUUGUCAGUCACAGGCACCACGGAAACCAUCCCCAACAACACGGCGACUGUGAUUUCUACCGCACCUCCGGCUUCCUCAGCAGUGACAUCGCCCUCGCUGAGCCCCUCUCCUUCUGCCUCCGCUUCCACUUCGGAGGCCUCCAGUGCCAGUGAGACCAGCACAACGCAGACAACCUCCACCCCCAUGUCCUCGGCUCUUGGAACCAACCAGGUGAUGGUAACGGCCUCUGGUUUGCAAACUGCGGCAGCGGCCGCGUUACAAGGAGCCGCGCAGUUGCCUGCGAACGCAAGCCUUGCUGCCAUGGCAGCAGCGGCAGGACUCAAUCCGGGUUUGAUGGCAUCCUCGCAGUUUGCAGCUGGAGGUGCCUUACUCAGUCUCAACCCAGGGACACUAGGCGGUGCUCUCAGCCCAGCUCUGAUGAGUAACAGUACACUGGCAACUAUUCAAGCUCUUGCAUCCGGUGGCACUCUUCCAAUAACAUCACUGGAUGCAACUGGAAACUUGGUCUUUGCUAACGCUGGAGGGACGCCCAACAUUGUCACUGCCCCCCUGUUCCUGAACCCUCAGAACCUUUCACUGCUCACCAGCAACCCCGUCAGCUUGGUCUCUGCAGCUGCAGCCUCGGCGGGGGCCUCCGGACCAGUCGCCAGCCUUCACGCCGCCUCCACCUCAUCAGAGUCUAUCCAGAACUCUCUCUUCACGGUGGCCUCUGCCAGCGGGGCCGCCUCCUCCUCCUCCACCACCACUACUGCCUCCAAGGCGCAGUGAGUGAGGCC